GGGGAAGGCGUGCGGAUGCGUGUGCGUGUGUGUGCGAGGCGCACAUCAUACACACAUCAGACACCGCGGAUCCAUCAGCAGCAGCCGGCGGGCAGGCAGCCGGAGAAAGCCCCCCCAGAGCUGGGCUGCAGGCGAGACCGCUGCUCCUCGCAAGGUAGCGGAGGAGCCUUCGGCCUCGGCGAGCACCGAUGCUUUGCGGAGCGCGGCUCCAGGGAGCGCGUCGCUGCUGAGGAGGUCACAGGGAGCGGACCCGCGCGCCCGGGUGCCCUUUCUCCUGCCGCCUGCCUGCCCGUCCCCAAAACGGAGGAGCCCGCCGGCCCCACCAUGUCGUCGGACCCCAGCGCCCCGCCGGUGGUGCCGCCCCUGCACUCCCCCAAGUCACCGGUGUGGCCCACCUUCCCCUUCCAGCGGGAGGGCAGCCGCAUCUGGGAGCGGGGCAACCUCCUGCUGCGGGACCUGCCGAGCCCCCUCCCCACCAAGAGGACCAGGACCUACUCGGCGACAGCACGUGCCUCCGCCGGCCCCAUCUUCAAGGGUGUCUGCAAGCAGUUCUCUCGCUCCCAGGGCCACGGGUUCAUCACCCCCGAGAAUGGCACAGAGGACAUUUUCGUCCAUGUGUCUGACAUCGAGGGGGAGUACGUCCCAGUGGAGGGGGACGAGGUGACGUACAAGGUCUGCCCCAUCCCUCCCAAGAACCAGAAGUUCCAAGCGGUGGAGGUGGUCCUCACCAACCUGGCGCCCCACACGAAGCACGAGACGUGGUCCGGCCAGAUCAUCGGCUCCUAGGCGCCUGGGGGGGGCCGCCGGCCACUCGGCCCCACGGAGCAAGCCUGCCCGGCUGCUCACGGGGGGAGCCGAGGCGGCGUUGGGGCCGGGGCUGCCCCCAAACAUGCAGGCGUUUGCGUUCAGUGUCUUUUAUAAGGUUACAGUUUCCUUUCUCUGUAUGUGUUUGUAAGUGUCUGUCGAGGGGGACGGGGGAAGCAGAGCCCUCCCCUGCCACCCCCCAGCUCUGGGGGCAGUGCCAAGCCCCAUGUCCCCUUCCUUGUCCCCGAGGCCAUGGGGAGCAGGGGAACCAGUCCUGCCCCCCGGCCCCCCCAGCUGCCCUGGGCUGAAGAAGGUGCUGAGAGCAGGAGGGGGCCGGGGGGAAGCUGGAGGGCCUCGGCUUGUCCUCCUGAACCCCGCUCCGGGGAGAUAGGCACCCCACUUGGUCCCGCUGCCUGCAGCACGGCAGCCACAGGGCAUGCCGUGGGGCUGGGGGGAAACGGGGUGGUGUGGGGCGGCAUAUCACUGUGCGGGGACCGGGCGGCUGAGACCCAUCCCCAUCGCCGGCAGCUCACGGCACCCGCCUGAGCCACGUCCCUCCAUCAAAAGAUCUCAGGUCAGCGGUGCCGCGGGGAGGUGAGUGGCUUACAGAAAGAAAAAAUUUAGUUUUAAGGGGCAAACGGCUGCUGGCAGGGCGCCGGAGUGGGGGGGGCUGUGCCCGGGCGUGGGGCAGGGGUGUGCUCAGCACCUCCGUGCUCCCCGCUGCCGCCGGGCCAGUUAUGCACUUUUCUUGGCUCAGUGCUGACAUCGUUUGGGGGCGAUGGCCGCCUCCUCCUCCUCCUCCUCCCCUUGCCCCCCCAGCCCCCUGGGGACCCCCCUUCUCAUGUGCACACGCGUGUGUGUGUGUGUGUGUGCACGUCUGUAGCUUGCUGGGGGGGCUGAGGGGUUUGGGUAGCCUCGGCCACAGGGCAAGUGCAUCCACCUCCUCCCCAGCCCCUCGGUAUAGGCAGGGUCUUGUAUAAAAGCACAAACUUAGUUUUUGGUCUUCUCCGCCAUACCCUGGCCAGGCGGGCUCCCACGGGGAGGGACAGGGCAGAGGGCGGUGGGACAGGAGCGGCAUGCACCCAGCUCGUCCUGAACUGACCCCAGGGAAAUGGUGCCUGCACCAACGCUCCAGAGACUAUCGGCAUCUUAAGGGGUUUAUUUCAAAGCAGGGCAAACAGCCCCCGGAGCGGGGCGGGUGACGACGGCUGACUCCCCGGGCACCCACUCGGUGGGAACUGCCAGCACUGCCGGUCCUCGGCACUGAUGGAGAGGGCCGUUUUCCACCUUUCUUGCUGCCACCGUUGCAGUGGGGACAGGGGAGAGGGAGGGGGCGAGACUGGUGCCACGCAGGACAGCUGAGGCCCCGUGGAUUCGGGAGGACCACCGUGAGCUGCCCCAGCCCAGGCUGGCGUGGGGACCGCCCCAGGACCCCACAGCCCAUCUCACUGCCAACCCAAAGCCCAGCUCACCCAGGGGCUGCGGCGACAUCAGCUCAGGCCCCAAGCAUCCCUGGGACACGCAGUCAGCUUGGCCAAGGGAAACUUUGUUUGAUUCUUUUUUCUUUUUCUCUCUUUUUUUUUUGGGAAAUAAACUAAAACCCUAGACUUGUUGGUGUUUUUACAACUCCGGUGUAGUUCCCGCCUGUCUGACCAUGUGUCGACCUUUGUAACAUUGGCAAUAAACCAUUAAAAGUGA